AUGGCGCCCUCUGGCACGAGCAUGUUUUCCAAGUUCCGGCCUGGCCAUGCGAAGCGCAAUGCCUCAUCCGUCGCCUCUCCAGAACAGGCCGUGUCAAGCCCCACCCCUUACCCACUUCCAGGCCCAGCGUCGCAAUCCACCGAGUACUUGUCAUCGCCGCGUUUCCACCAACAUCAACAACAUGCCAGCCUCCAAGCUGCCCCGUCCCCCGUAUCGCCCUUUCCACCCAAGCUGCCGCCCAUUGCCCGCGUCGCCUCCAAGCUGGACAAGUCGCCCUCGCCAAGCAGUUCGCAUUACACUCCCAGCCAGCAUUCGGCCACCACCACCGACGGCAGCCCCAGCAACGUGAUGGCCCACGAUCCCACCAUGCUGUCUCCUCCCCAACGGUCGCAUGACUUUCCCUCGCCGGUCCACGACCAAAAGCCUCUCUCAGCCCGCUCCAAUACGGCAACCUCGCCUCUCGUGUCCCUGCACUCCCUGUCCGAGACUCCCUCGGCCAUUUCCCCUAGCCACUACUCCAUGUUCUCCAAAUCCCAGCCCUCACUACUGAGCGGCAUCAGCGAUAAGCUCACAGGCAGCUCCAAGGGGACAUCAACACCUACCGUGGCACCACCACCACCACCCCAAAAGUCAAGAUCCAGGCUCAAUCUGCGGAAGCCAAUGUCUCUCCUCAUGCGACGAAAGUCGGCACAGACACUGGAUCCUCUGGCCGACGAAUCCCUCGUCACCCAGCGCUCGCCUUCCAACCUCCCGCCCAUGCCCGAUAACUACGACCCGAGUAUUCGCGGAAAGAUUGUACACGACUUCAAUGCCCCCAGGCUCAACAGAAAUUAUUCCUACAACAACUCAUCGGAAGCAGCCGAGCCACAACUCGAGGUCGCUCGCGCCAGUCCGCCGAAAAUCGACAGGGAGCACACGCCGGUCUUUCGCGAGCAUUUCGACGAUGACACCAGCUAUGAGCAGUCGCAGGCGGCGAUAAGAGCAGAAAAUCUGGCCAACAAGGACUUUUUAGCACGAAAUUCUGUCCAAUUUCCUCCACCCGAAAACUCACCACUUCCUCCUCCCAUGCCACCUAAAUCCUCACCGGUACCACCACAGCCUGCGCCAUCAACUUCCCAACCACCGCCUCGGCCGUCGUUCCAAGGAAUGGAUGGUGUCAAUUCGGUACUGUCGCCAGUGCAAGAGUCUGAAGACCCAUCUGAUGUUUCCGCAGACGUCACGCCACGGAAAAAGAAAUCAACAAAAGCAAGCAUGCCCCCAACACGCUCAAGGGCCACCUCCGUCACAGAUCCCUCUUUCCAGCCAGAUGGACUCCCUGCACAUUUCAGUAGUAGAGCUUCAAGAUUCAGCUUCCAGAUCUCAGGCGGCACGGAUUCUGCACAGGAAAAGCUGCUCGAGGAGCGGCACAAGGCAAAGGAGGCGGAAAAGAAGCAAGCACGAAUUUCUACAAAUUCUGUUGAGGAUGAGUACGACGAAUACGGCAUGGAUGACUACGAUGACAUGGACGGUGGGUUUGAUGAGGAGAUUCCCAUGCUCGGUGACGAAGAUGAGUUCACUGGCGGAUUAGGCAACCAAACGCUCGACUCUGGCAUCAAUGGGUUUGACUUUUCAUCUUUGUCGAUACAACAAAACAUGGACAACCCAAUGAAUUUUGCGCUUGGACAGAUGCAAAUACCCGUCGACAUGAAUGGUAAUCCCAUAGGGUUCGCCAUGCCCGGUCCCAUGUUUCAGCAAAAUUAUAUGUCAGCGAUGAAUAACCUAGCUGGUGCGCCGAAUGCGACAAACACUCAACUACAUGGCCUAGGAUUGAGUAAUUCCCAAAGCGAGGGCGAUAGCUCUUCACCAGUUAAGCCGGCGGAUGCACCCACCCAAGGUGCACCCGCUAGCAGCAGCCAGCCAGUAUCAAACAAUCUCGAUCUCGACGACGACAUGUACUUUGACGAUGGGCUGAUUGGCGAUCAGGAUGUGGGUGCUACGGAAUUCGACGAAAGUGUCUUCGACGAUCCCGAUGGGCCACUCUUUGACAGAAAGGUCAAGCUCCCUGCGGAGGGACAGUCAUCCACUGCUCAGCCUCGCGCAUACGAUGUGCUGGACCCCGAGACCGGUUACGAGGCCGAUGAUGAUAUCGUUUCCCAAACACCCGACAAGUCAGCCCCUUCUCUUGCUCACAAGACUUCUAUUGCACAGCAGAUGGCAGUGCCCAGCUUCGAGAACCUCAGUGCUUACCACAGUGCACUUGCAGAUGCGGCAGUCCGGGCCGAGGCUGCUGGCCGGUUUGAUAGGAAGAUGAGUGUGGAUGCGGGUCAACCUAACUCUGAAGUCGAGGAACCCUCAGUCAGUCAUUCAAGGCCCAGUUUGGUACCUGACGAUGGCCGCUUUAGUGUGGACACAGCCAACUUUCCACUGGACGACGAUGUUUACGGAAUGAGCUCAGGGUUCGUCGACGAUUAUGACUACAGCGACUUUGACUCGGCUCUGGAAGACGAUCCGAUCAUCGCUGCAGCAAACGCUGAAGCACUAGCAUAUGACGAUGAAGGCUUCUACGGCCAGGAAUUUGGCUUCUAUGCAUCCGCGGUUGGUGAGUCACCAAGUGCUUGGGGUGGCUUCUUUGGCCCAUCCGGGGUCGGUCGCACUGUUAGUGGACGGAACGCUGUCAGGGAACCCAACCUGACGCCCAUCACCGAACGAAGCGAAUACAGCACACGCAACUCAUUCAUCAGUCUUAACCAAUUCCGAGAUGGACAACAGCCUAUCACCAGUCCUGCACUAGCACAACUCGCCCGCAUGAGUCCGUAUGGCGGAUUUUUCGGUCAAGAGGAAGAGGACAUGAGUCUGGAUAGUUUGAUGAAGUUGAGAAAGGGAGCCUUUGGUGCUAGUGCUUCUAGUUUGCCAGGAAGCGUGUCUAACAGUCCACGUACUUCGUCGCCCAUGGGCAUGCAAUUCGUUCCUCGGGCCACGACUCCUGCCGGAAAUCGUAUGAUGGAGCACCCAUCCAGUCCCGUGGAAAACCCAUAUUUUUCCAACAGUAAUUUAUCAGGACACCAACCCCAUGACGAUGGCGAUUACGAGGAAGGUGACUCAAGUCUUAUGGAUGCUGUUAAUGGCGCGUACGAGUCUGGUAGCUCCAGUGAAGACGAAACUGGUGGUAACGGACAAAUGGAGAGCCCUACACUUACAAGCAGUGAUUACAACAGUCUCUCGAGUCCAACCGGGCAUAUUAUCGGAAACGAGGCGCCAGUCCUGCCUUCAAUAUCUGAGAUAUAUGCUCAGCACAACUUGAGUCUGGUCAUGUCUCCGAUCAACAUCCCUGUUACAUCACCUUCACACAUUUCGCUCCCUGCAUCACCCUUCCCAAUGGCACUGUCCUCGCCAUUUCCGCCUCAGCCUCAUACUCGCCCACCUAACCCCCCUUCUAUCGACACCUCUCUUUCUUCACCAACCGCUGGCACAACCUCGACGCCUGGUGCGCCGAGGCGACAAAGCGUAGUUCUCAGUCCCAUUUCGACAUCUUCUCCCAUUACACCAAAUGGUGGUAGCAGUGCCGGGGGCUGGAACCGCGGUCACAGCAGGAAGGGGAGCGCAGCGGAUAGUGUAACCUAUGUUCGUGAACACGACGAGGCGGGAGAAGGGAGAUGGGUACUUGAACGAAGGCGCACUGCUGAGAGUGGCGAGUUGGAGUUGAUUGGAAGGAAGAUUGUGGAGGGUGGACGUAUUUAG